AUGGGGUUUGUUCCGGAUCAAGGGGGAGAUAUUAAAGCUUCCAGCCCUAGGACAACGUCAGAGGAAUGCGAUGAAUUGUUACUUGAUGACAAACUUGUUGCUCCUCCCACAAAGAAGUACACAGUUCUUGACGCGGUUAGAAGUAGGCGGGUUAUUAUUGACAGCUUCCGUCACAUGCCUCGGAUGUCUGGUGUAUUUUGUCUGACAUUGGCCUCGUCUAAACUGGCUGGAGAUCGCUUCGUCAACUUUGCUCUUAUGGCAGCUGUGGAGCUCCCCUCUGGCAUUAUCUCUUAUCUAACAAUGCAACGGUUUGGAAGGAAAGCUACAAUAUUCAUCUUUGAUGGCAUCGCUGGAACGGCUCUCAUUGCUGCUGUUGCGUUGAAAGAGGUGUAUGGGAACGGUCUCGUCGUCACUGCUCUGUCCAUAACUGGUAAGUUUGGAGCCUCGGCCGCGUUUGGGUCUCUCUUCACAUACACACAAGAGCUGUACCCUACAAACCUCAGGAGUCUGGGGUUAGGCAUCUCCUCUGCAUCAGCACGUAUUGGUGGCAUGAUCGCCCCUUUCUCGCUCCUCGUGAUGAAGUACUACCCGUGGGGUACCAGGUACUGUAUUUGGAAGUCUAUCCCUGGUAGUUUGCGGUUUGGUGCUCUUCCUACCGGAGACAAAAGACAAAGAACUGCCUCAAACCAUCGAGGAGAUCGAGAAAUGGUCCAAGAAAUAAAUCAGAUGAAUCCUUUAACAGUUCUGUCAUUGUCCAAACUGUUUCUCUCGUGGUACUCAAUGGACACCUGCAUGGCAAAUGAGCACGUCAAAUACCAAGCUGCAACUACUGUGGAUUUGAUAAACUAG